AUGCCGGGUGCCAAGAAGGCCCGCGCUGAUAAGAAGCGGUCCGGCGCCAAAGGCGCCAAGAGGAAGACCGAUGAGGAGAUCAACUCAAACCAGCUGCUGGUGCUGGCUGGUGCUGCAGUUGCCGGCAAAGAUGAUGGUCCCGAGGUCCCGGAGUUGCUUCGGGCCUGGGGCGUGACUCUGAGCCGGUGUCUCGACCAGAACCUGCCGCCCUUGUACAUGCUGGGGGACAUUUUUCAGGACCUCUCGGCGAAGGCCCUGUCCUUGGGCUUUGCCAACGUCUUGAGGCACUUGGGAGACCGGCCACUUCGUGUGGCAACCGUUUGCUCGGGCACGGAAAGCCCGAUCCUCGCGCUGGAAAUGAUCCAGAAGGACCUUGGAAAUGGCCAGCGCUUCCGUUUCUCACACGCCUUCAGCUGUGAGAUAGUUCCGUUCAAGCAAGCAUACAUCGAACGAAACUUCGAGCCCCCGAUCCUCUUUCGCGACCUCCUAGAGCUUGGAGGAGAGACUGCUCGAACGGCCUACGGUUCGUCGGAAGUGAUUCCCGGCAACGUAGAUAUCCUGAUCGCUGGUACAGCGUGUGUCGAUUUCUCGACGCUGAACAACAGCAAGAAAGAGCUUGGAACCGGUGGCGAGUCCACCGAGACAUUUGACGCUCUGCUGUGCUACGCAGACAGAUAUCGACCACGCCUGAUGGUCCAGGAAAAUGUGUAUGGAGCUCCCUGGGGAGUAAUGGCCCAGAGGUGGGAGCAGAUCGACUACCGGACCGUCUAUGCCACCAUGGACACCAAAGACUAUUAUAUCCCACAUACCCGGAUGCGAGGAUACAUGGUGUGCAUAGACGGUCGCCGUCUUUCUGCGAACGGUUUGAGUACGGACGACAGUAUUACUGGCAUCACCUCUCACAUCGAGGGGUUGAUCGACCAGUUCGCCAGACGAGCUAGCUCACCCGCCGGACAGUUCCUGUUGGCCGAUGAUGACCGCCGCCUGGAGCAGAUCUCCAAAGAUCUGGCGACUCGUAUCCGAGCCGGUGCGGCACGUGCAGAAGUCCCCUGGGACUUGUACCAGGUGCGGCAUCAGGCUUUCCGCGACAAGGUGGAGGUGGGAAAUCAACGUCCCAUCAGCCGAUCCCAGGGAGGAGGAGUGGUUUGUCGGCCGCCUGAUUUCUACUGGCAAGACAGUUUCACAGCGCAAGUCGAGCGCGUAUGGGAGACUAUCGACAUCAAGUUUCUCUUGUAUUGCAGCUGGGGCCUUGACUUCUGUUUCAAAGAGCGCUGGAUCGAUCUGUCUCAGGGCGUCGAUCGCGGAAAUGAGGCGCCUCGGACCUGGGGAGUCACCGGUUGUCUGACUCCAAUGGGCAUGCCGUUCGUGACAACUCGAGGGGGUCCUGUGUCUGGCUUGGAAGCCCUAGCCUUGCAGGGGCUUCCGCUUGACCGAAUCAUCCUGACUCGAGAAUCGCAACGAGAUCUCCAAGACCUUGCGGGAAACGCAAUGACCACAACUCCAGUUGCCGUUGCCAUGCUUUCCGCCCUAAUCGCGGGUUACGAACUGUUGGAUUCAGGGGCAGCAAGACCGGCCGAUGUGCAUCCCAGUGUGGACGACACGACGUCGUUUGCAGUCGAUGAGGACCACCACCUCAUCCUCGUGAACGUCGAGGUACCUCCUGCAAGUCUCGAUCAGUACCAGAACCUUCUGCAGUUCGCCGCGAGCAGUGCCCGUCACUGCUUGUGUGAACGGCAAUCUGGUGUCAAAGUCGAUAUCAGGCAAUGUGCCUUGUGCGGUCACCGCGCAUGCGGUUCCUGCGCCGGCAAUCCAACGCACGCAUAUGAAUCCCCGACCAAACUACUCCUCCGGCGGAGUAAGCCACUGGAAUUCAUCGCUUAUCUGAAGGGCAUCUUACCCAUGCGGCUCACGCUGUCUAGUCUGUCCGUGAGAGACUUCGAUGAAAUUCCUCAGUCCUUCCCAGCAGAUGACCAUUACUUCGACGCAGCAACCGAACUAUACGCUGAUACUCAGCGCGAGUAUAUGGCUACGGUCCAGGCUGCCCUCAGCGACGAGUUCCGUUUCUUCGACAUCAAGAGAGCGGAAUCAUGGACUGUCAUAUACGAAGGCGAGCACGCGAGCCUGCAUUUGAAUAUCACAAAGCAGAGCUUCCAGUGGCUGCUCUUCACCAAAGUCUCCAAGCAUUUCCCGGCAGUAUGUCUGUUAAGAGAGAUAUUGGCCAAACCCAUUGCCCGAAUGACCCCCGAGACUGGUUCCCUCCUGAAUGGUGUCUGGCAUGUUUCUGCUCCGAUCAGUACGGAGUUCCCUCUCUGGAUCUCUGGUUGUGGUACCGAAGCCAAGGCCUACCAGAACGGAAUCGGACUGCAGAAUCCCAUCUUCACCGACGACAAGGUAUGGACCUGGUUGAAGAUUGAGUCUUCGGGCCAUGAUAAGCAUAUCAGAAACCUCGAUGUCGACAUCUGCGGCAUGUAUGAGUUCCUCCCCGAUUGUGGCACUGCCCUAGGAACAUUGUACCGAAAGAGAGCCACAGUGACAUCGCCCGCGGUGUACUUCUUUUUCGACCCUCGACUUGUUGGCGAGCCCCUUCACGACUCAUACGUGUUUGCACUCGAGCAUUCCCGACUCCCUGGGUACACCAUCCGCAGAACAAUUGCCCAACUCUCCCACCGAUGGCGAGUGAAGAUGGUCACCGCAACACCUUUAAAAGCCAAUGCCUACUAUCGGGCUUGGACUGAAGUUCCCAAUACUAUUUUGAAGCCGGGCACAACGGAUCAGAUCGUGUACCGCAGCUUGAACCUCGAGGACCAAAUACGGCUCGAAAUCAAGGAUUGUCACCAUUCUUACACUUCGCUGGUUGCCAUGAACGCGCAGGCCGCCAGACUGAAUCUCCCACAGACACAGCUACCAUGGCAAGCAGAGAAUCUCGGCAAGUCGUCAACAGAAUUUAAAAAACUCGCUUGGGCCAUUCAGCGAAUUUCGGCAUGGGCAGCAUUUGAAGAUUGGAAGCGCAUUGCCUUUCCCUUCCCAUUGCCAUUCAAGAACAGUGCCAUCUGUCAGGUUUGCCACCCCCAAGUGCCAGGUAUCAUUUGGGGCCGCAACAAAAAAAACAUCGUUGUCCCGUAUGAAGAUCCCAAAGGCGCUGCCACAUACGAGCGCGCCAGCAAGCUGAAGCCGCCGCCAUUCAUUCUUCUGCGCAAGGUCGACGAGGCCGGCGACGCCGAGCUGCGCUUUGCACUAAACAUUCAAUCCUUAGCACACCGUGCGUUCGGUAAGCUUCCUGAAACCGGUAGCAAUGUGGAUACUCGUUUUUAUUGGCGACUUCUCUCCAAUGCAUAUGAUCUGGGACGAACGUCUCUUCCGAGAUUCACGCUGCUUAGCAACCAGCAUGAAACCCCCCACAUCCAACCCCCAAACUUUCGCCAUGCCCUCCGACUUGAACAGCUACGAUCCUUGACCUGGUUAAUCGCACAAGAAGCAGAUAACAUUCUGCCUUUCAUAGAGGAGGAGAUAGAGGAAGCAGAGUUGCCUUUGAUGACUUGGCGGGCCGAAGUUAAGGCCACAAAGCCCCAGACAAUCCGGGGCGGUCUCAUCGCCGACGAAGUUGGGUAUGGCAAGACUGCCAUUGUUCUCGGCUUGAUAGAUGCACAGUACCAGCACGACACAGAGAUCUCCAAAACUCUCCCGGAACAGCAAGGACAGAUUGCCACGAACGCCUCCCUGAUCGUCGUACCCGGGAAUGUCUUUUCGCAAUGGAAAGACGAGAUUGUCAAAUUCCUUGGAGAAACGAAAUACACAGUUCUUGCUAUUAGUGGUGCUUCAGCGAUGAAAAAGAUCCAUGUCAAGCAGUUUCAGCAAGCAGACAUAGUUCUAGUUUCCCUCUCCCUCUUCCGAAGUCCGACUUACUACAAAGCAAUGCAGUAUUUCACGGGUGCCCCAAGACUUCCGAAUAAGCCAGGCCGGUGCUUUGACAACUGGUUUCAAGAUGCGCUUCAGUCUCUCCGAGAACAAAUUGAUAUCUUGAAACGAAGAGGACCGGAAUAUUUCUUGCAGAAUGUGCGCGCAAGACGGGCCGAGUUGAAGCGUACACAGGCCAAUUCAACAUAUGUGCCCUCCCGACGACUCCGCGGUGCAGCAUUGGCAGCUGCGCGUGAAAAAACAGACGAAGACAUUGGAAUUGGUGAACUGCACCCUGAAGUCCCAAGCAUGUCGCCUGAAUUCCGCCGUACCUCUGUCGAACAAACCCCAGAUGGCACUGGUCUUUCUCCUUCUCCCGAAACAUUCAAGAAGUACCGUGCAGUGUCUGUUUUGACGGACCCCACUACUGUGGACUCAGUGCAUUUCUCUGAUGAGUUUCCCGGGAGCGAUGCCUCUGAGAAUGAGGGGAGUACGGACGAAAGCGAGGACGAGAGGACCAACAGCGACGACCACAACAGCAACUUGAGGCAGUAUGAUGAUUUCAAUCCUGGAGACGAGAAUGCCGAGCGAGGGACUGGAAAGCAAAAAGCACAGAUCGGAGCUGAUGGAAAGGACGACACCGAUACUGGCGACGAUAAUUGGAAGCGCAAGCGUGGCAAGCAACCGGCCAGGAAACCACCGCAAAAUAAGUGGAAUGACCGAAAAGCCUUCAACAUUCCUAAAUAUGAUGCAUUUCCCCCGAAAUGGGAGAAUAUGAAAUAUCCAAUGCUGCACGCUUUCCGCUUCAACCGUAUUGUCAUCGAUGAGUACACGUACCAGAACCAGCUCGCUUCAGACCGAACCAUCUCUCUCUUAUCCAUCUCCGCUCGUUCCAGAUGGAUCCUCUCCGGCACUCCGGCACUGGAUGACUUCGCCGAUGCCAAGACUAUUGCGCAGCACCUCAAAGUUCACCUAGGUAUUGAUGAGGAUGGAGAUGUUCCAAGUGGGAAUCUCCGGCUGAAGAAAGCCCGGAGCAAUUUGACCGCCAUGGAAGCGUUUCAGCUGUACCAGCCGCCUCGCAGUGCUUCAUGGUACCAGAACCGACACACCCAUGCACAGAGCUUCCUUGAUCGUUUCGCGCGUCAAAAUUUCGCCGAUACCAGUCAACUUCCUGUUGAAUUUCACCUCGUUCUGUCCAAUCUGAGCAAUUCGGAACGAGAUCUGUACAAUGCACUGUAUCAACGAAUCGUUCAGGACAAAGGUCGGGUGCGCAAGAUCAUCAAGGAUGGGAAAGAUCUCCAGGUUUCCCAACUCAAUGAUUUCUUGACAAAAAGUCAGUCGCCGGAGGAAGCGCUGCUGAAGUGUUGCACGAGUACUGCUAUCAGUGACUUCGCAUGGAGUCUUGACAAGUGCCAGAAGCACUUGAAGACACACAAUGUUAUGCUCAAGGACCGUCAUGACAAGCUGAUUUUCUUGGUUAAGCAGGUAGUUGAUGUAGUCUGUCGCUCAAAAGUCGAGGAGGCAAACUGGGAGACUUUCACGGAUACCGUUUUCGAAAAGGGCUUCGGAGAUGCGGCAUUCGAAGAAGACACUCGCCAGGCCAUGAACAACAUCUUGGGGCAACACGGCCAGCACGUAGAUGAGGAGGCCGAUGAGCUCAUUUUUCAGAAAGUCGCCAAUAGAUUCCUCAAGAUCAAAGUGCCGAAGUCUGCCCUGAAAGUGCGCAAGAACAAUGCUCCUGCAGCCAACGAUCAACCAGAGUCUGGAGCGCAUGAUGCUGGAGAUGACGAUGAGUCGCAGCCUCGCAAAAGAUUGAGGGACUUUCAAGGCGAGUCUCCCGAAGAGCGCGCAUAUAAAGAGACUGCCGUCAUUAAGGCUCUAAUCAAAGAGCUCAAUGCGUCAAUCAAUGCCAAGCUUGAAGUUGUCCGAGGUAUUCGUUUCUAUGCCGCAAUGCAAGAUCUACAAACGAAGACAGACCAUUCCUGCGAUAACUGCAGGAUGAAGACCCCGGAUCUCCAUUCAAUCACCGUCAUCAGAUCAUGUGGCCAUGCAUUGUGCUCCGGUUGCAUCGAGAACCCCCCGAGGACCAAACCUGCGCGGUGGAGGGGUGCAAAGGACCCGCCACUCUUACCAAGCGAGUCAAUGGCGGUAUCUUAG